GUCGGGGAAUUUCGCCGCGGUAUUUUUCUCAUUUGGGUCACUUUUUUUUUCCUUUCAAGUAAACCAACCCCUCAUAUCAGCGAUUUUGCUUGGUUUUCGAAAUGCCUUUGCUUGCGGGGCCCUCGAGCUCGUCGCAAGAGGCGCUCCUCCGCCUUGAAAAAGGUAGCAGCGCAUCGCCAACUACCCAACUUCACGAAGCGGCGCAGAUCCUCGGCUUGGACCUCAAUAUCUGUGAGAGUCAUCCGGAGACACAUCGAAGUGCGAAAAUCCAGACAAAGGCCACUCCCAAGGAGGAGUGGGUGCUCCGUUGGUUAUUGAAGAGGAUCCGGACUGGGAAGAACUACCGCGUGGAUCCAGCUUCUUUCCUGUUGCUGCGACAGCUCAUUGGCCUCAUCUCGCCCAAGAAUCUGGCGACAAUUCUGAAGGACCAAAAGUUUUUCUCUAUUCUAUGCGACACGGUCACGGAUUUGGAGAAUGACAUCUUUGCGACGCUGGGAAAUGAUGCAUCCACCUCGAAUUUCGAGUCCGACUCUAGCAAUACCUUGGACGUACAUCCCAAUCGGGAGGAACCUCGAGGCACGAAGGGAACCAAGAGGAAGAGGAUCGCCGGGGAGAAUGAUACUGAAUCUACGGACCUAGACGAAAAGCCGCAGAACCCCGUCUCGUGCUUCCUUGCAUUCAUUCGUGCUCUAGACUGCCUCCAUGGCGUUGUGACCCUGGCUCAGCGCACACUUGGCGUGGAUGAUGUGGCCAACUCUCACCUCAAGUUGGUACUCAGAGGGGAGCCCGAGGGAGUUGCAGGAUUGUUGGGAAGGUCGCUUCAGCUGGCUGCCGUUGCCGUCACGCAGUUCUCGCAAGCAGGUAGAACAACCGAUCUGCAGCACCUACUGCUUGUCUUCCCGGCAAUGCUUGAAUUGUGGGAGUUAAGAUCAUACCGCCAAGACGACACGAACAACAAUUCAAGCCAUGAAUGGUUUGCCAAGUCUUGCUUCUCUCAUGCUCUCCGGCUUCAGCUUUGUCUUCGGAACGUCAAAUUCGACACUGACGAGAGGGCACAUCUCCUCCAUGCGAUCGAACGUAUCGUCGCUCUUCACGUGUUGAUUCCAGCUCGGGAGGCUUUCUUUGCCCGCGGCGGUUCUGGCAUUGACUACUCCAAGGAAGAACCAGAUUGGAGCUCGGUCAAGCCAGUGACUGAUACAUUGAGGCCCAUUACUAGUGAACUGUCAGCCAUCCAAAUGACGCCUACCAAGGCUACCAAUCGCUCGUUCCACCCUUCGUGGCGAUCAAUCGAGCUCCUUCCCGAACUGUUCGAUAAUGCCGUGCGCGCCGUCCCAAGAGAUGACUUCAGACGUCAGAUACACGAGGCUCCUUGGUUGGAGACUCUGUUCGUGGCCGUUGCGGAGCUAGCCUAUUCUACCGCAAAGGAGGAAGAGCCCGCCACCUUCUCCGCCAGAUUUGUCUCCGUGUUGGAGGACCUCUUGCGCAUUGCUCUCGACCGAAAUGUCGGUCUGUCUCUGCAGACUAUCCUUACCCAUGCCGGGUAUACCGGUCUCCUCGAGCAAGGCUUAGAGCAGGUUCAGUGGAAUGUCACAGCUUUGAUUAUCAGUCUUGGAGUUGAUGUUUUCCUGCCUAACUCAGGACUACGUGAUGCAAGCAAGCUGCUGGAUGCACUACUUGACAAGAUUAUGCUUCAGUGGCGCAGCGAUUCUUCCAAAACCUCAAAUGACUACAGCACAAUCAAGAACGACAUCAUUAUCCCGCUUCUACGGGGCUUUGCAGGCGCGAGAGAUUUGAUAUCUUUCAUGGAAGUCUGGCAUGACCAGCUUGUCAUCCUGGAAGAAGCUCGCGUCAGCAACCAGAAUCUACCAUUUUUCUCUGUCUGGGAAGAUGAUGAUCUGUGCGAUGCCUUUUCUGAGUUGGCGCGGACUUCACUUACCGGUGUCAACUUUGCCGCACAGCUGCAGACUGCCGCAAUGGCAACUCGGGAUGAAAACGGGAAGAUUUUCGAGUCCUCGCAAUCUUAUGCGAAAUUCGUUGUAAUGGAGGCCACAUUCCGAAGCAGGGUACCGACGGCCGAUUCGGAGGAAACUUUGGCACAAUUCCUUGACACCUUGACGUCGACUCUGUCGUCAAAGCAAACGCCCCACUGGCGCUGGCGCUUGUGGCGGUUCGUGCGGAAUCUCCUGCAGAACAAUUUGCUCGCCACUGAUAGUGUUCUUGUCAAGAAGACGAAGCCUCUCGUGAGCAUUGGUGCAAAGUCCCUUCACCGCAACCAAAAGAACUUGGCCAAAGUGCCACUUGCUCCUCUGGAGUCAUGGGAGAUCUAUCGGUUUGCCCUGUUGGUUGUCACGGGAAAGCCUAGUGAUGAGCAACUGGAUGGAUUCACUGAUAUUUCCAAGGAUGUGACAAAAUUGGUCUCAUCCAUAACCGCGGAAGACGCUCGAGCCUCGACGGAGUCUCCCUGGGAUGGUCGGGUCGAUACUCUCUGCUCACCAACUACACUGGCUUUGGCUUACACGUUGGCGCUGGUCAGGGAGCCUGAUGCCUGGGAGAAGGUCAAGCCCGAGUACCGGUCGAGCUUGUUCAAGCAGCUCAUGUCUCUGGCUGCUUCGCAGUACCACUCGUCCUCGUUGCCUCUGGAGACUGUUGCAGAUAAUGCGCGAUUCCUUCAAGCAUGGGCGAGUAUUGUUUGUCAUGAGUAUCUGCUCAACGUGCCAUUCAUUGUGCCUGAUUUGAUUCUUCUGCUCACUAAGAGCAUGGAAGACGACGUUUCAAAUCGCCGCCUCCACGUGGAGAGCUUGCAGCGAAUUCCUGCUGCCUUGAUCACUCGUGGCCUUAGAGCCAGCCUUUUGGAUAAGCUGCACGAUGUCAUCGUCAAAGAGGACAGUGCUACUGAGGUGACUCUUGGCCUUUUGACCACGAUGGCAAAACUUGCAGCUAUGCCCAAGUGCGAUGCUGGUGUCACGAGCGACUGGGAGUUGAUCUGGACAGAGGCUCGCUCCAUCCACCUCGUAGGCACGGAUUUGGAUUUGCAAAUCAUGAAGGCUUUCCGCAGCUUAUAUCGCGCUAUUAUUGCCAAGCUGCUGGUUCUUUCACCGGAUGAUCGAUAUGAGACAUUCAAGAAGCUUUAUUCCAGAGUCUCCAAGCAGGCAUCCAAGCUUCGACAAAUUGACCGUGACUCCAUGGCUUGUUUCCUACUUCGUCUAUCUUUGUCGGAGCUCUGGGCUCACCGCAAGCAAUUGGCCAAGGUAUUCUCUGAAGAUGAGCUGGCAUCCUGCCGUCAACGAGUGUUUGGCAUGGUGUUGGCAGAUAUGAAAUUCCUCAAGGAUCAGUGUAGGAAGCAGAAACUAGAGGAGACCAUCACCCUCAUCAAAACUAUCGAUGCCCUCGAAGACUUCGAGGAUCUGGCGACAAACAACAUCGAGGUCGAAAAGUUCCUCUCCAAGCUCGAGCGCUACAUGGAGACGUCAAUCGAUUCAGCACCGUCGCGCCUGAUUCGACGGCGCCUAAUGGCUACCAAGGGAUCCGAGAAGAAGUCUACUGAACCCGUAUUGCAAUGCGCCGAGACGCUUGCCCUCCAGUCGCUCUACGCUGAGGAUCAACAGCUCUUCAUCCGGGCCACCACUGAGCGGUUCCGCUCAAUGACUGGAGAACAGAUCAGUGAAGCAAUUCAGGAGAUCCGUGAACUCGGCUUCAAGGGUCAGCAGGCUGCAUAUCGACUUCUCGUGGUCUAUCUCGCGGUCAUCUCCCUCCAACCCGUCGAAGACAAGGACAGCCCCGUCUCUCGCGAACUCUCUCUGCUCAGCCAGUCUCUCGCAGAGGCACUCGUCCAUAGCACUUCCAUCGAUCAGUUCUGUUUCACGGCCGAGACCAUGGCUCUCCUUCUCCGCGUGCACACUCGCAGCAUUGCUCAGUGUAACGUCGACGAUAUGCUGGCUGCCAUCGCUACGGCCGCCUCCAAAAGUGGCCCUCGCAUCUCACCCGAGUACGCUCCGACUAUCUACACCCGAUUGUGUCGCUUGAUGGGCAUCAUCCUGGGUCUACAGCGAAUCAAGAUUGGCGGUCGCUUCCACCUCGUCGUCACUGCUAUGCAACGGCUACUAGGCUGUCUCUUCGCACGGUCUCGAAAGCGCUCACGCUCCAACCGGGCCGCAGUCAUCUCCCACCCCUUCUGGCUCGCCCCCCUCGAUGCCUCUCACACAUCCAAUUUCACCCGCCUCCUCACCUCUCUCAGUGACCCGACUGUCUCCGCCGUACUGCGCUCCCAGCCUGGCAUGUCUCGCGAGAAUCUGACCGAUGAAACCAAGAAAGCCAAGCGCAUCGCUGGCCAAUACCUGCAAUACGUGAUCAUGGCGUACGCGCAAUGCUCGCUGCGCGGGUCCUUGGUACCAGACGUCAAGGCCGCCCUGAUGCCCGGUUUGUAUGCGGCGCUGGAUGUGAUGUCUCGGGAGUCGAUGCGUGCGAUGAACGCCGGUCUGGAUGCUUCGGGUCGUGCUGUGUUCAAGUCUCUUUAUGAUGACUAUGUGAAAUUUGGAAAGUGGAAUAAGGCUUGAUCGUGUCUUGGAAAGACAUGCGUGACUUGGCCAUAUUCUUACUCUCCGUUCUUCUGUACCAUACCUACAUUACCUGUACUCCAUAGAAUCAUGAUAUCCCCGAAUGCAUUGAUGCUAAAAUCAUCUUCAUGAACAUGUUAUUCUGAUCGAUAGAGAUAUUGAACUUUGACUCCAAUGAGAGAGACAUGUCUCGAAUAGAAAAGAGAGAGAGAAAAGAAAUGAAGCCAGUAGACGGAAAGCAAGGUCGGAAAUUUGAAUUCAUAAUAGCAAAUGAGCUGGCUGACUUCCAGCCAGCAGCCGUCUAGAGUAGAGAUAUCUAAGGGGUAUCAUUGAAGAUCGUAAAUCAUGCGAACGUGGAAACAGGAUAGAGGAAGAGAUGGAAAGAGGAACCGUGAUAGCGAGCCAGCCAGCAGCUAAUUUCAAAUCAUGGAUGUUUCGAAUGUGCGUGGGCUGAGACAGGGCAUUGACACAUUUUCCAGGACCGGAAUUCGAGAAAUGUGGCUGCCAGCAGUCGUUGUCGGCACGCCGUGGGAUGCGGAUGCAGGGGCAUUUUGCGCGGUGCUGGUGACGGGAGUCUCUGGGAUUGGGGCCUCCAGAGCUACACCAUUGUGCCCGCUGUGUGUGAGACAACCGACGCAACUGCAGUCGUUGCCGCAUUGACAGCUGCCCGUCACGUCUGAGCAAGCACUCGGGAUACCAACUGGAUAUUCGAUUGUGUAGUAUUCGGAUGGAUGCAUCAAUUGCUGAUUGAAGUGGUGUCCUGCGGGGAGAGGGGACGAGUAGCCACUGGGCAUCGCCGAGUUGGGAUCGGAAUAUGGCUCAAAGGAAUUUUGAUUCAUGCCAUGGUUCAUCGAUUGCGUCUGUUGCAUGAAGAAGUUCAUUGGGUUCGUUGCGGUGUUUUUUGGGAAAGAUGGAGGAUUGUAGGCAUUAGCCAUGGAGUCGGGUGCUGAAUCGUCUCCAUCAAAUGUCAUCAUGACACCCAUUUCUUGGACAUGUUGACGGGUAGUGUUGUUGAAGGGAUGGGCUGCGCAGCCUAGACACUGGCAUUCAUCUCCACAGCUACAGUCGUGGCUAGGACUUUUGGCGAGAUUGAUGGGUCCAUAGGCAGAGCUCUGAGAAUGGUCCAUGGUGAAUGGUGUCGUGUGAUGUGGCGUGAUUUCGAGUCCGUUCAUGGAGGUCGAAUAGGUAGAGGACCCGUUCCCUGUGUAUUCGUUCGUGUAGAAUGACUGAGCCCCAGAGUUCGAUAUUCCGAAAGGGGGAACAAAGGACUGCUGUGAAGAGGUCAUGGAGUUCUGCCAGGAGGGCAUCUGUUGCGCCGAGAAAUUCAUGUAAGUCAUGUCGUUCCAUGAUGUUGGCUGAUUUACUUUUGAUCCCUGGGUAUUAGAGACACCUUCGGAGACAGAAUUGGCGACCUGGGUUUUCCCACUGCAGCAAGAACCCGAACCUUGCGAUGCUGUUGGUGGGAUCGGCGCGGGUUGCGGCUUCUGCGAGCAGCAGCUAGAUCCGUUCGUAGCGUCAGUGGAUCUUUGGGGCAUAGAAGCACCUUGUUCGGCACCAGUGUCGUUAAAUUCAUCUUGCUCCGGUUGGUGGGAAGACAGAUUUCCCAAAUAGUUGAAGGUCCCGUCUUCAAAUUUGAGAUUCUCGGGCAUCGCUUCCAAGGCCUUGGCGAUGCUCUCUGGUGUGGCUUGAAUGUUGCUCUGUCUCCUCCCGGGCUUUUGGACCUUGCCAGAUGAAGGGGAUGACACUGAGACCAUGGAGACCGGAGUGGAUUGUGAUGAAUCGUUCGUGCCGGCAGGCACCUUGUACACUGGUCGACACAAGCAGCUAGAGCCUGGG